GGCGGGGGCGGGGGCGGGGUUUCUUUGGUGAAAGCUGCAUGGAUUGCAGGUAGUGAGGAUUUCAUGGUGGGUGGCCCUUGAGGUGCGGGAUUGUUGGACAUUCUGGCGGUGUUACUGUAGCGUAAAUGCACCUGGGAGGCAGAAGGGGAUCACCUGGACGCGAAGCCAGGGGACUUAUUUCGUCCCCUUUUCCUCUUCCCUUCCCUCCUCUUCUCGUCUCCUUCUAGACACCCGAUGAGACGACAGCGGGAAGGAGAAGACUAAUUAAUAGAAGCAAUUUUUUUACCCCGCUGGAAGAGGCUAGAAGUUUAGUUCGGCAGCAACCCGAUAGCAGCCAAACAGUAGUUGGAUAUCAGAAAAUAUUCGAGUUUCACACUUGGAGGGAGAAGUGAACUGCAGCUGCUGUUUCAGAAGCCUAGGGCCAAAUGAAUUGGCGUUGAACACGGAUAGAUAUUCUCUUUUAACUCACAUCAGCAGAAGAGGAGUGAUAUCAAACCCAGUCUUUCAAUCCAACCAGUGGUUUGGGUCUCAUACGUCGCGGUUGAUGGUGGAAGUGGCGUAGGCGGCGACAUCUAGUUCACACCUAAAUGAGCCGCACCAGCCACAGCUUACAAACUGUUUCCUCCACCAUCAUUCAUACCAACGACAAACCAUCACGACCAACUAUUUGCUAUCUGAACCAAGUGGGCUGUUGACACUCCCGCUGUUCUGCAAAUCAACCUCCAUUCCUACGUUCCUUUAUAUCCUCUAACAUUGAAUGUUUUUGGCGUAAUAAAUCUCUCCUGUCCCGUAAAUCCUCGGUUCCAUAUCUCAACUAUCCUGGUCUAUGAACUUCUACGGUUUCAGCCUCUACUGGCAUAUCCUGCGCAACGAAGGAGCCUUAAUAAACUAAUUUGUCUGCUGCGAAAACUCAAUUUGGCGGUCUGUUGUUGUUGCUGUUGUCGCUGUCGUCUUCAGCCCUGGAGUCAGAGAGGGUCACAACCAAAGCCGCAACCCCCGCCAACCCCCUAAUUACUCUGCGCAUCCAGCGAGAAACCUAACUUAGACCCCGCGUUCUACCCGUUCUAUUAAUUCGGCUCCAGUAUAAUUUCUGCGAGGUGAAUGCAACCGUCCAACCAAAUGUCGGGCGUUCCGUUCACAGUCAGGGCGGUGUUUGAAUACACCUCCGAGCACGAGGAUGAUCUUAACUUUUCGGUCGACCAGAUCAUCAAGGUAACCGCGGAGGAGGAUGAUGACUGGUACUUUGGAGAAUAUGUGGAUGAGUCGGGCUCCAAGAAAGAAGGCAUUUUCCCUCGGAAUUUCGUCGAAAGAUACGAACCCCCCGCACCCCCUCGACCGACGAGACCUUCGAGGUCAAGGAAGGAGCCUGAACUUCCUGCUGCUGCUACUGCUCCUCCAGUGGACCCAACUCUCGCCACUGCCCCUGCACCAAUGUCUCCGAAGAUUGUAAAUGAACGCGCUGAACCAGAACAUGAGCAAGUACCAGCAAUGCCACAGGCAGCAGCAGAACCUCAGCUACCACCAGCGCCACAACCCGUUGAGGCUGCUCAAGCGACCGCUGCAGCGCCAGUUGCACCCCCUUCCCCGAAACCCGUCGAAGCGCAACAACCCGUGCAAAAGCCAGCGUCAAAAGCUCCGCCUCCGGCAGUAGCGGAAAAACCUACGGGCUCCUCAUUUAAAGACCGUAUCGCGGCAUUUAACAAACCUGCAGCCCCUCCAAUUACUCCAUUCGACCCGAAUAAGCCUCCUUCCUCCUCCUCGUUUAUCAAGAAACCGUUUAUUGCUCCUCCUCCGAGCAGAAAUGCUUAUGUACCACCGCCUAUGGAGCAGCCACAGAAGAUAUAUAGGCGAGAAGAAGACCCCGAUAUUGUGGAGCGCACCAGCCAUGAUAGGCCCGUGCCGGAGCGCCCCAUUAUAUCUGCAGAUCCUGAGGAGACAGAAGACCAGCCCAAGCCUACGAGUUUGAAAGAGAGAAUUGCAUUACUACAAAAGCAGCAGCUUGAGCAGGCGGCACGUCAUGCAGAAGCUGCUCAGAAGAAGGAGAGGCCCAAGAAGCCUCCAAAGAAGCGCAUGGAGUCUCAAGAGCGGACGGAACAAAUUGGCGCUGUUCAUGGCGCUGAGCUAGAAAGGAUCGAAACUUCCGAAACCGCCAAGGAUUCCAAUGCCGCGGCUUCCAUCCAUGAAGGUCCCGAAUCACCUGGGCGCGCCCGCUCUCCUACGCAGCCCUCCAGGGAGCUCACAAGUGAUACCAACGAUGCAGACUAUUCCGGCGCUGGGGAUACUGAAGAGGCUGAUGAAGCUUCCACCGGAAGGGAAGACACCGACGACCAACAUCGCGAGUUGAGGAAAAAGCAAGCGUCGGAUUCUAAACAGGCUUUAGACGGUGAGGAUGAGAUUGAGGAGGAACCAGAUGACGAGGAGGAAGAGGAAAUAGACCCCGAAAUUCGACGGCGCAUGGAAAUUCGUGAACGGAUGGCUAAAAUGAGUGGCGGUAUGGGCAUGAUGGGGAUGUUUGGUCCUCCGGGAGGACUCCCACCGGCCGGCGGAUUCCGAAAGUCAAAACCGCCUGCAGCUGAUUCCGAGCGGAAAUCGUCUGAGGACCAUCGACAUUCUUCAUCUGCCAUGCAUGCACCUCCCGUCCCUUUAAUGGGCUUGCCAGGAAUGUAUGCUAAGAAACCCGCUGAGCCAGCGCCAGAAGUGGGCGAAGACGAGGGCCAGGAGGUUCAGCCAACUCCUGAUCCGAGAUCUACGGAGCCACCUGUCGAAGAGCCACCCAAACCCCCGACCGAGCUCCCACCAGCGCCUACAGAGCGGGCGGUAGCACCACUUCCACCCCAAGACCAACCCGCGUCCUCACCUCCACCAAAACUCGCAAGGCCCUUUCCACCACCAAUUCCGAAGGAGCUUCCGGCUCCCCCUAUCCCCACAGAUUCUCGCCCAUCGACGUUGCCAUCGAGACCUAUUGCCUCACCAAGCCUUGGUAGUGAAUCCGAUGACGAACUCUCUGCCCCUCAAGGUCCUGGACAGCAGCCUUCAGAUUCCUUGGACCUUUCGGACCGGAAUGGGGCGCCGCAGUCGCCCAGACAAUCGUUCAGCCCUGAGCCAUCCGGUAGUUUAAAGUCGCCUACUAUGAGUGCUGAAAAACGUGCCAGCCGUGGCCCCCCACCAAUACCCCUUGCCAGUCCUCCUUUACCUUCGCCUAGCCACACUCGUCCGCCACCCCCUCCUCCGCCCAUGCCUGGCCGUAGGUCUACCAAUGACAGUAAAAUGAACGCCUCCACUCCAACCGCUAUGUCCGGGGGGGACAACAGCGAGGAAGAAGUUACCGAGUAUGAUGGGGACUAUGACACGGACAUUGCAUCCGGGGUAAAGCACAAAGAUGCGUUGAAGGCACAUGUGCGUGAGUCAAGUUUUGAUGAAGAUACCAUAACAGAUGAGUUCUCUGCGCAGUCUCCCAGGAGCCCACAGGACAUGCGGCCUCCUCCUCUUCCCCCCACUGCCGCCCCUCGUGCAGUUCCUCCCCCACCACCCACUCAGCCACCGAAACACGCGCGAAAAUCCGCAGACAUGCCUAGAGGCCCACCUCCGCCAGUGCCUCCCUUAAAGGAUCAAACUGGAAACGCAGCGGAUGAUAGUGAAGACUACGACCCAUUCCGCUAUAGUGCCCGUUCACCCGUACCUCCUAGCGGACUCCCCAGCUUACCCUCUAGUGCACCGCGAGUCGAACUAAACCUGCCACUGCGAAACCCCCCUCCUGAGGAUGAAGAUGAUGAUCUCUAUUCAGCCUCGCUCCCCCGACCGUUUCAACAGCAGCCACAGCCACUCUCUACUGAGAGGGCGGCUCCUGGAGCUCCCCCAUCGUGGAACCCACCGAGGCAGUCUAUGGAUGCUCCCAGGUCUGCGCCAAAUGCUCGCAGAUCAAUGGACGUUUCGCGCCCCACUGGAGACCAAGGAUAUAUCGCAAGCGACGUGGACUUGGGCGCCAGCUCACUCUGGUGGACACAGCCUAACUUACCACCUCCAGCCUUCCAGAAACGGCGCGACGUCCAUUUCGAGAUAGACCAAUCCACCCCGACCAACCGCGGCGGUGACACCACCGUCUCCAAGGCCGUCUAUAUCCUCUUCAUGGAUUACUCACAAACCAUCGUAACCGUCCAAUUCGAUUCUAAAAACCCCAUCGACGCCAUCCUCGAGCAACGUCACGAACCUCCUCCCCAGCGCCUGCGCCAAGACCAGCUCGAAAGCGCCCACGAGCAAUUCGGCACUCGCAUCUCCGACGCUGUCACUGCAAAGCAAAACAGUAUAGUGGGAGACGGCACGCCGCACGGCCUCGUCCUAUCACUCCUAACCCCUCUCUCCGACGCGCUACCGCCAAUCGGCACGCGCGCCUACGGCUCCCUUGUCUAUGCUAAUCUAGCCAACGCGUCUGUGCAGCAGGUCGAUGAGAUUCGCGCGGGCGAUAUUGUCACGUUCCGGAACGCGCGGUUCCAAGGCCAUCGCGGAACGAUGCAUCAGAAGUACAGUGCUGAAGUGGGUAAGCCGGACCAUGUGGGUAUUGUUGUCGAUUGGGAUGGGACGAAGAAGAAGAUCCGGGCGUGGGAGCAGGGGAGGGAAAGUAAGAAGGUUAAGAUGGAGAGUUUUAAGUUGGGAGAUUUGAAGAGUGGGGAGUGUCGGGUUUGGAGGAUUAUGCCGCGGAGUUGGGUUGGGUGGGACGGCUUGCACUGAGUGGAUGAGCUUUUGUGUGUUUGUGUUUUGUGAGUGGGUAAAGGGGUGUGACAAGAACCUUAUCAGGGGAAGCAGGAGGGAUGGUAUAAAGGAACGAACCCUUUUAUUGUUUAUUGUCUUAUGAUGAAUGCUCCUUCAUAUUCCCCUAUUUUUUUACCCUUUGAAAUGUGCAUACGCCUUUUUUUUAUUUAUUUAUUUUGUGCUGCUUUCUUCCCCCGUCUUUGCAUGAAAUAUAACGUUCCUAGAUGAGCUGGGUUCGGCCGAUUAGGCGCUGCUUUAACGUAGUAUACAUAUAGCGACUGCAGUAGUCAAGAAUGAGAUGUUAUCACUUGCCGUCGUUGGAGGUGGAUGUGAAGCGGGCGUCGCACCCCCCCCCUUUUUUUUUUGGCCUGUAAUUUAUGAUUUUGUCCCUUGGAUCACUAUUCAUAUUGGCCUGAUUAAUAUUCGGCGUUCAAUUUACCAUAUUUAUGGGAUAUAUUUUCUUCUUCUCCAUUUUUUCUUUUUUUUUUUUUUUUUUUUUUUUUUUUUUUC